GAUUAGAGGCCUCGGGGGUGAAACACCCUCGACCUAUUCUCAAACUUUAAAUAGGUAAGAUUUCGGGGUUSCUUAAGCGAACCCCGAGGAUCAAUGAAAGCUCCAAGUGGGCCAUUUUUGGUAAGCAGAACUGGCGAUGCGGGAUGAACCGAAAGUCGAGCUACGGUGCCAAACUGCGCGCUAACCCAGACACCACAAAGGGAGUUGAUUGAUACAGACAGCAGGAUGGUGGUCAUGGAAGUCGAAAUCCGCUAAGGAGUGUGUAACAACUCACCUGCCGAAUCAAUCAGCCCCGAAAAUGGAUGGCGCUGAAGCGCGCGACCUAUGCUCGGGCGUCACGGCGAUUCUGACGCCGCGACGAGUAGGAGGGCGCGGGGCCUGCUGCGAAGCCUGGAGCGUGARCCUAGGUGAAGCGGGUCCCGGUGCAGAUCUUGGUGGUAGUAGCAAAUAUGCAAAUGAGAACUUUGAAGACCGAAGUGGAGAAGGGUUCCAUGUGAACAGCGCUUGGACAUGGGUCAGUGGAGGCUUUCCGUCUGUCCGGGCGUGUUGGAAGCGUGGUGCAUUCAUUUCUCUCUUCACCCGCGUUUSUCGAUGGAGAGAUGAGGCUGUGCACUUCGCUGUCGGUACGUUUUGGGCAGGCGGUGGCAUCCGGCUGUGGGCCGAAGCUGUCGGUGGUUCCUUCGCGCGCGCAGUUGUUCGGGUAGUGUGGUUAACUUGCGAUCUCUGGGUGUGGUGUGGGCGGGUGCUGUUCGCAGCCAAUCUCUUGGGYGGGUGCGGCGGGCUGUGUUGGAUUGUGCGGUACCUUGCCGUUGGAGAUGGCCUACGGAGGGAAGUUCACCUGCAAUUCAAACAGCCGGACUUCGCGGCGUCUCGGCAGCUGAUUGCACGUUCCACGAUUGUUCGACGUUCUUUUGGUAGGCUGUCCGGCGUUGUUACCUCGGCCCAACCCCAUUCUCGACUUUUGGUCGGGAUGGCGGUUGGUCCGGGCACGGACAGCCCUGCGGGAGGGUCAAGGGUGGGAUAUCGGAUGGUGGCGGCUGUCCUCGGCCUUCGUACCCCCGCUCCUUCCCAUCUCAGCUUUGUCCAGACCUCCUUUCCAUCCCGGCCUCAACCUCGGCUUCGUGCGGAGCUUGUGGCUUGUUUGGGGAUCAAGGGUCGUGGUAGAGGCUAGGGGCNGUGAGGUGGAGCCGGGGCUCUGCCCCUGCUUCUCGAUCCAAGGUGCAGGCCCUCGUGGCCUGUCCGAUCCAAGCGAAAGACAUUGUCAGGUGGGGAGUUUGGCUGSGGCGGCACAUCUGUUAGAAGAUAACGCACGUGUCCUAAGAUGAGCUCAACGAGAACARAAAUCUCGUGUGGAGCAAAAGGGCAAAAGCUCAUUUGAUUUUGAUUUCCAAUACGAAUACAAACUGUGAGAGCAUGGCCUAUCGAUCCUUUAGCGUUUCAGGACUUGAAGCUAGAGGUGUCAGAAAAGUUACCACAGGGAUACCUGGCUUGUGGCAGCCAAGCGUUCAUAGCGACGUUGCUUUUUGAUCCUUCGAUGUCGGCUCUUCCUAUCAUUGUGAAGCAGAAUUCACCAAGUGUUGGAUUGUUCACCCACCAACAGGGAACGUGAGUUGGGCUUAGACCGUCCUGAGACAGGUUAGUUUUACCCUACUGAUGCACCGCCGUCGCAAUGGUAAUCCAACCCAGUACGAGAGGAACCGUUGGUUCGCACAAUUGGCAAUUGUGCUUGGCUGAAAAGCCAGCGGUGCAAAGCUACGGUUAGU